CAUCUCUCUCCAGUGUUAUCAUAACUCCACUAAUACGCAAAUCACAAAAAGUAAAAAAUUGCAAGACAAGAUAUUCUCAAGUCUUCUCCUUCAAAAAUGCAAAUAAUUUUCAUAUCUUCAUCUUCACAACAUUUUCUGUUCAACCACACUAAUCUUCUUCCAGCUACGUCAUAUAAGAAUUACAUUCUAAUCCUGUUGCAAAUUUGAGAAAUUAAGUUUUUUGCAACUCCUAUUCUUGGACUAUUACAUAUUAUUCAUCUAACAUUCAUUUUUUUUCUGCAAACACAACAGAAUGCAGGGACUCAUCGGAGGGCUAAGAUGCUGCCACGGUAUACUCAAGUUUGGAAUUCAAAGGCAUUCCCAUGAGAAAAACAAUAUAUUUUCACGUUUUGGAUGCGUCACCUCGUCUUCUCCCAUGCCGGAGAAGGGACUGGAGAAUCUAACAGUGGCCGAUGUGCUCAUGACCAAGGGACAUGAAAAAACCAGGUCUUGGCUCUCGUGCCGCACCGAUGACACCGUCCAAGAGGCCAUAAAAAACAUGGCUGAAAAUAACAUCGGGUCACUAGUCGUGCUAAAACCUGGAAACCAGCAUAUUGCUGGAAUCAUCACAGAAAGAGAUUACCUGAGGAAGAUAAUUGCACAAGGGAGAUCCUCUCAUUACACAAAAGUUGCAGAAAUAAUGACUAACGAGAAUAAGUUAAUAACAGUGACAUCUAAUACAAAUAUUCUUCAGGCAAUGCAGCUUAUGACAGACAAUCACAUACGUCAUGUUCCAGUUAUAGAUGGCAAGAUAGUUGGUAUGAUUUCCAUUGUUGAUGUUGUUCGAGCAGUAGUAGAGCAGCAAAGCGGAGAAGUGAAGCGGCUAAAUGAGUUUAUUAGAGGAGAAUACUAUUAAAAUUGUAAUAACCGACUCUAAAAGCAGACGAUGAUAAUUCUACAAUACAUUGAGGCAAAAAAAAACACCAGAUGCUAGAUUCAUCUUUAUUAGAA